CGAAGCAAUAAGUCAUAGUUUUGGUUCACUUCUCUCUCUCUCUCUCUCUCUCUCUCUCUAACUACUUGUAGAAGGGGACGCCUUAAGAACGGGUUCCAUAUAUAUCCUCUUCAAUCACAACAUUAUCUGUCUUUUCGCUCUUGUAAAGCCGUGAUUCCAUCUUCUUCAGAGUUCUUCCUGUUUCUGUUGAUCGAGAAUUUGUUGUAGAAGGAAUUUCCCUAAAGGAUUUUUUUUCUUUGCUUGCUUUGGAACGCGUUGUGUAAAUUUGGAGGAGAGAGAUUAGAUUAAUGGUUGAUCAUCUUUGAAUCAUCGAUUUGUGGAGGGAAUCGAUUUUUCUGAGAUUGGAUCGGUGCGUCUCGAUGGCGUCAUCUGUUCAUUCGAACUCCGAUCGCGCGCGGGAGUCUUCAAGGAGGCAGAAGAAGAAGAAAAGCCACGGCAACAGAGAUCAUCAUCAAAACCAGAACCAUAUUAAAUGGAAGUCUCAAGCGCAGCAAGAAAUUUACUCGUCCAAGCUGGUCCGAGCAUUGAAUCAAGUGAGGCUCAGUCCUCCGAACGAGGCGCCGCGCCGCGGCAGAGCCGUACGCGAGGCCGCUGACAGAGUCCUCGCCGUCGCUGCCAAGGGGAGAACCAGGUGGAGCCGAGCCAUCUUAACGAACAGGCUGAAACUCAAAUUCAGGAAGCCGAAAAGACAGAGAUCGGCAUCCACCGCCGGAAACAACCGCUCAAAGAAACCUAGAGUUAGCGUAUUGCGGUUGAGAGGGAAAUCCUUACCGGCGGUACAAAGGAAAGUUAGGGUUCUUGGACGGCUAGUUCCCGGUUGCCGGAAAGAACCGUUGCCGGUUAUCCUGGAAGAGGCUACCGAUUACAUAGCUGCACUUGAAAUGCAAGUUCGAGCCAUGAGUGCCCUCGCCGAGUUGCUCUCGGCCUCAACUUCUGCCGCAGGCUCUAGCUCCGCCCCACCAAACUGAUUACUCGCUUUCCUACUGGUGUUUCCCUUUUCCCGACAAAUCCUACCAUUUUCCCGCUUCUUCUCGUAUCUUUGCUUUGCUUGCCUCUAUGCAAGUGAAGUUACUGUCUGUUAAAUAUGGUUGCUGCUAUUUUCUUCUUCCUCCUUCCCCUUGGUAUUCUAUUUUUUCUGUUCACUCUUCCCCUCCUCCUGAAUAACUUCUUUGGAAUCCAAUGCCCAAAAAGAAGAGAAAAAAAAGGGAAAAAAGAACUUGGAAUCCGUACAUAAUUUGUGCUGUAAUCUUCGGCCUCGGCUUGUCUGUUGUUUUACAUUCACUUCGUGGAUUUAUUAACCCCUCUUGUUGAUUUCUGCAAAGUUAAUGAGAAGAAAAAACAGUUUUCUGGUGAAUCUUAGGCAGUAUUUACUUGGUGCCCAUGUCUAAGCUGAUCCAUGGAAAACAAAAAGAAGGGGGUCAAGUAUAUACUCGGUGCGUUUGAAUUGGAAACUGAAAGUUGCUUUGUCUGAGAAUUUGGGUUCAUUUAUAUUGAGCUCUAGGAUCCAACUUCUUAGCUUAGCAUCAUUCCUACCCCUCUAAUAAUUUUAAGUUUCUUGUUCUGUUUGUUUUGUUUUGUUUUUUUGGUGAGUAAAGUUUUGAAAUGAGGAACUCUCUAGUUGUCCAGUGGGGCUAAAACCCAGGCAGGGGAAGAGACAAUGGAAGAGGAGGAGAAAGGAUCUUGUCAUGUCUGAGUUUAGUAAAGCGCUGCUUGUGGGGGCAGGGCAAGGCAGGGCAUGGCAUGGCAUGGCAGGGCAGGCAGGCAGGCAGGCCAAAAUUUGGUGCUGAGAAUCAUGUUUUGAGUAAGACAGGAAGAGGGCUCUGGCAAUCAUGUGGGUUAUAGAGACUUAUAGUACAACCACGCUGAACAGUGACAGCCCUAGAUUUUUGGGGCAUCCAUGUGAGUUUCAGAUAUACAAUUUCUUUUUCUAAAUUUUACAUGUAUUUAUUAUGUGUGAGGUAUUUCUUUGUAGCUUCACCUGCCCUACUUCAUAUCCAAAGGAGGAGAGGACCUUGUUUGGCAUGCAGACAGAUAGAUACAGCUCACUCCUAGUGGCCUCCCAUUUCCUCCCCUCUGUCCUGGCUCCCACAUCCCCAUUCUUCUUCUUUUUAAUCUCCCAUCCCUCACCUACCUCCUCCUCCUCCUCUUCCUUUGCCUUUUUCAAGUUUUUUUAGAGUAGUUUUACGUCUAAAACUAGAAGUUCUUCGUAUAGAAUUCGGUUUGGAACGAUGUGGCGGUGAGAUUUAGAAUGGUGUGCCGAUUCAAUCUAUUGUUCUACCUCACUGCCACACUGUUUCACAUCCAAUUUUGUGUCUGAAAUUUUAAAUGGUUUCAAUUUUGUGUCUUCAUAUUUUUUAUUUCGGUAAAAGGAGGUUCUUUAUUCUAUCCUAGGGAUCUUUCAUCCGUCCUACCACCUUUGUGAGUUGUUGUGAUGUCCCACAUCUUUUAAAAGGUGUAGAAAGUUCUCUCUAGUAGAUGCGUUCUAACAACCUUGAGGGGAAGUUUAGAAGAGAAAAGGACAAUACCGGCUAGCGGGUUUGGGCCAUUACACCCUACUGCUAAUGUAAGAUUAUGUUCACUUA